UCUGUACCUGAAAGGCUGUUUCUUUGACUACUUAAUCAUGUCUGUGAAAGGUGGAAGUUAUGGGGGAAAAGGGUUUGCCCAUUCAAAUUCAAAUAGGAUCAAAUGUUAUCUUUGUGAACUGAGGGGCUGUAAGUAUUGUUGUAAAGACUGUCCUCCUUUUUCAUUUAAACCACUUAAAAAAGAUAAGGUAUUAAAAAGUCUUGCCUAUGAAGAUAGUGGUGCAGGAGAACAGUAUGACAGCAGCCUCUCGGGGAACAAGAAGGAAACCAUGCAGAACCUUAAUGAUCGUUUGGCCAACUACUUGGACAAAGUCCAUGAACUGGAGGCAGCCAAUGCGGAACUGGAACGCAGAAUUAAAGAAUGGCAUGACAAGCAACACACUGCCAGUGAUGGAGAAAAGGACUACAGCAAGUAUUUCGCUAUAAUUGAUGACCUAAAACUGAAGAUAAUUAAUGCAACAAAAGACAAUACAGGAAUCCUACUACAGACUGAUAAUACCAGGCUGGCUGCUGACAACUUCAGGCUCAAGUAUGAUAAUGUGCGAGUCCUUCACCAUUCAUUGGAGGCUGAUACCAAUGGUCUCCAUAAAGUAAUGGAUGAUCUUACCCUGUCCAAGUCUAAGCUACAACCCCAACUUGAGAGUCUCACUGAGGAACUGGCUUAUCUCAAGAAGAAUCACGAGGAAGAAAUGCAGGGUGCCCCAAAGCCUACACUUGGUCAAGUUAAUGUGGAAAUGAAUGUCGUGCCUGGUAUGGACCUGACCAAAAUACUGAAUGACAUGAGAGCUCAGCAUGAAGCACUGGCUGAGAAGAACCGCAGAGAAGCUGAAGAACGUUUCAACAAAAUGUCUGCAGAUCUGAAACAACAAAUAUCUGCUGGGGCGGGACAAUUGCAGACAAGCAAAACUGAGAUUUCAGAACUUAAAAGAACCCUCCAAGCUCUUGAAAUUGAACUUCAGUCCAAAUUUGCCAUGAAACAAUCUCUGGAGCUGACUUUGGCAGAAACUGAGGGCAGUUACUGUAUGAAACUGUCAAGUAUUCAGGUGACCAUUUCCAGUAUAGAAGAAAAGCUGGCACAGAUCAGAGCAGACUCAGAAUGCCAGCGCUUAGAGUACCAACAGCUCUUAGACAUCAAGACAAGGCUGGAACAAGAGAUUGAAACAUAUCGUAAACUCCUGGAUGGAGAAGGGAGCAAACAAACCAGGGACUUGGAAAAAGGAAGGGGCAGUGGCUCUGGAACAAAUAGCAGCAUUGGUCAAAGUGGGCCUGGCGCUGGCCCCAUUGAUUCUGGAGUGAGAACCAUCAAAGUGAAGAAAAUUGUUGAAGACGCGGUGGAUGGAAGGGUUGUGUCAGUGGAGGAAGAGGUGCGGAAGGUAUAAAGCAAAAUAAUCAAUCACCACCUUCUGUGUUACUUUAAGGAAGGAACUUUCUGGGCUUGGCCUUUUUUUUCUUGUUUUAUGAGGCUCCUUGAUGCUGGAUCUAUUAUUUACAUUUUUAUUUCAACAUUUGACACGAUAAACAUACAGAGGCUCCUUUACUUGGCUGGAGCAAGCUUUUAAACUGCCACCACCAUGUUGUGUGUCCAACUGUGAUAGGCAGUCACCACAGUACAGUAGAGAACAGUGUGUCCAUGCUAAUUAUCAUUUGUUUAUUUAUGCUAUUAGAAACCUAUAAUGUAGUUCUAUGAUUUUGAAAAAUGUGAGGGAAACAAACAACCAGGAGAAAAGGAAGGGAGAUUUGGUUGGAAAUUAUAUAAAGAACCCAUCAUUACAGUGCAAACAUGCUAUCCACUGCACCACCAUACAAAAAAAGACAUUGUAAUGUUAUUUAUAUAGUGCUGAAUGCAAAAAAAAUGCUCCAAAGGUCAAAGAAACACAGCUUAGAACGCAUAUGAAUGUGGGAAAUGAAGAGAACAAAAAUAAAGGUGAUUGCUAAGCAGCAAACUUGGGAAACUGGGGUUAUAAGGAUCUCUUUGACAUGGAUAAUGAUGUUGGGCAGGGAAACAGAAGAAGGAGGUGGGAUGGCAUCAUUGGGGUUAUUUGGAGACAUAUGAGCUAUGCAUGGGUACCCUCUUCCUUAUUAGCCUGCCUGAAAAAGUCACCUUAUAUACAUACCCCAAACACAUAAUACAGUGACAGACAGUGCAACCUGUUGGCAAAUACCACCCAACAGGAGAAAAAGAGGAGAAGUUUGGUAACAUCUGAAUGGUUUAGGCUCCCUGAAAGCACUUGAUGCUGUGAUGCCUAAUAAUGAAUUCAGAUGACUGCUUAUACACCAUUAUUAAUACUUAAAAAUAAACAUCCAUUAGUAAAAUGGUAGAAUUCAUUAUUUGCAAGGUACACAAAUAGUAUUAUAACACCAAACAUCGAAUUCAUGACAGGGAAAGAUUCCGUAAUUUGUUCUACAAUAUGCAAUAAAGGAGCUGAAUAAUACAAGGCACAAUAUAGAGUUAAGCCUAAAAAAACAUGUCCUUAAUAACCCUAUAGGGCAUAUUUUUUAGUAUAAGGUAUGCUAGCCACUUCUUUGCUUGCUUUUGGUCAAUAUCCCAUGAUGUUCUUAUCAUGUAAUUCUGCCUCUUCACUGUUCUUGUUAAGCCUCGCAUAUUAAACACUCUUUUACGCAAUGAUA